AUGUCUGAGCUUGAGAACCCCCCGGAAAACAAUCGAUUGCUCAGUUUGUUGAUGGGGGAAAUGAGCCCGAAACUCGCCUAUUUGCUGCUCGCUCUUCUAUGCUCCACAUUGUUGCUGGAUUCCGUGGAAGGGAUUCGGAAAAAGAAGAAGGAUAAAAACAAGAGUCGACAGUUGCCGGAGGAGAAGGAGGAUGAGGGUAGGUGAAGUUAUUGGACGAAAAUAACGAAUUUAUUAUAUUUUCAGAGGCCAAACGAGCGCAUUUAUCAGGUGAGUAUUGAUUGAACACUCUCCACUUUCUUUUUACGAAGAUAGAGGAAGAUUUUGGUAAUACAGUGAAGCAAAGUGCGACAAAUUGUAAAGGAGCAAUGAAAUUUUUUGCUCUAGAACUGUCUCGUUUCAUAGAGGUUCAGUAUGACCUUCAAUAAACUUUUGGAAACCUCUGGAGCGGCAAUUCUUGUUUCUACCCCGGAAAUACACUUUCUGCGACAUUAACAGCCCGAAAUCCGCGAUAAAAUUGUAGGAACUUUAUGUCCCGCGUGAAUCGAAGUUUCUAGAUUAGCAGAGAAGCAACUACUACAAGCGCGGCGUUUAAAUUUUGAUGUAAUUUGGCAUAACGUUGGGCUUCGUCGUUGUAUGCAUAGGAGAAGGUUUAGUUAGCAGAAAUAAUAAUAUUGAUCGGGUCCUAGGAUAGAUUACCACCUAUUUUGGGUAUUUUCACAUCAAUAAUUCUAGACAAAAGUUACGGAACUUCAUUUUUUGCCGCAGAUUUUGGCCAUUCAUAUGUCACAAAAACUCAGGGUAAAGAAAACUGACGUUAGUAAUAGCUAACAUUAGAAAAAAUGGACAUGUUGAAAGUCUUCGCCAAGUCUCCGCCGAGCCUUCGCCCAGCGUCCAGAAGCUUUUCCAGGCCUCGCAUAUACCCCCUACAUCAUUUUUUGGGACUUCCGCGUGCCCUGCGCCGCGUGUCGAGGGAUUUUGUCUUGACUCGGGCUGUCGUCGAUCCGAGGGUCGGGACGCGGUCACAUUUGAUCAAAAUUUACCUCUUAUUCUUUCCAGUAAACGUGGACAUGGACCCAUCCGACGACGACAGCAGUAGUAGCAGCGACGACGAUGACGAAAAGGAUAAAGGAGACAAAACGGAGUCACCGAAUAAAGUGGACCCCGGCGCGGACUCGGUCUAUCAAAUGGGGCCGGACCAGACCGUCGGCCUGAAGUCGCGGCGGAAGAGAAGCCAUGGGGUAAGCGAGAAAAAAAAAUAUUUUUGCAUAUGAGUCUGUCGAGAAAAUAAUGUGGAUUUGUCGCUUCUUGGAAUUGCAUAUCAUUGCUUUGCGACGGCUGGCCGCGGCUGGGGAUUUGGUGAACGACAAGGCCAGAGAUUUUGCUGUGACAAAUCCGCAUUAUUUUCCCGACAGACAUGUAGAAAAGCACUAUAUCAUUCUGUCGGAAAAAUAACGUAGAUUUGUCGCGUCUUGGAACUUCCUUGCAUGCGACGGCUAGCAGCGGCUGCAGAUUUGGUGCGCGAAGGGCCAGAAAUUUCUCUGCGACAAAUCCACAUUAUUUUCCCGACAAACUGAUAGCAUGAAAUUCGUAUUUGCAGGCCCGCCAUAUCCCCGUUUACCAUGUCGAUUCGACAACUGAGAAAUUUGCAGAGCCAAGAGGUAACCGGUUCGCUCGGGAAGAGUCAUGGAUCUAUAAUGUGUUGUAA